UUCAGCUAUUCUCAGUUAUAAGAGGCUUCAAAGAGGCUCUUAAACUCCCUUCCCCGCUACACAUAUCACAUAUCCCGUAUUCAUUCGAUGGAGGGCGAGGAACCUGUUGUAAACAAGAACAAAAGGCAUCGCAAAGACAAACCAUGGGAUACAGAUGACAUCGACCAGUGGAAAAUAGAUGCCUUCCAACCUAUCGAUAACAAGGGUGGUGUAUUCACGGAGGAGUCAUCAUUUGCAACGCUGUUCCCAAAGUACAGGGAGAAAUAUCUCCGAGAGGUGUGGAGUGCAGUCACUCGGGCUCUAGACUCACAUGGUAUUGGAUGUACCCUCGACCUGGUACACGGCUCCAUGUCCGUCAAAACAACUCGAAAAACAUACGAUCCUUAUGUUUUAUUAAAAGCUCGUGACAUGAUCAAGCUAUUGGCGAGAGGUGUAGCAAUAUCACAAGCAGUUAAGGUUCUCCAGGACGACGUUGCAUGUGAUAUAAUCAAAAUUGGCAGUCUUGUACGAAACAAAGAGCGGUUCGUGAAGCGAAGACAGAGAAUCAUCGGACCAGAUGGGAGUACUCUCAAGGCCAUCGAGCUCUUGACCCAGUGUUAUGUAUUGGUCCAAGGAAGCACUGUAAGCGUCAUGGGGCCUUACAAGUCACUAAAGGAAGUCAGGAGAAUAGUUUUGGACUGCAUGAAAAACAUCCAUCCGAUAUAUCGAAUAAAGGAGCUCAUGAUCCGACGUGAACUCGCAAAAGAUCCCAAGCUAGCAACAGAAUCCUGGGAUCGCUUCUUGCCUCAGUUCCGAAAGCGACAUCUCAAGACCUCAGAGAAGACUGCGAAGAAGAACGAGAAACAGGCUGUGAAAGAUGAAGCGCGGAAAGCUGCUGGGUUGGACCCGGCACAAAAGACGGACAAAACUGCGAAGAAAGUCUACACACCAUUCCCUCCCCCUCAAUUACCUCGCAAAGUUGACAUGCAACUAGAGUCUGGAGAGUAUUUCCUCAAGCCUCACGAAAGAGAGGCACGUGAGAUCGAGCAACGUAAACAGAAGCAAGCAGAGACUACCGCCAAACGACAGAAAGAGCGCGCUGAAGUCUUCAUUGCUCCGGUCGAAACGGCAGCUCCAACCGUUGGAGAGAAAAAGAAACGACGACUUGCUGAGACAGACGACGGGGUUCAUGGUCAUGAAGAGCAGUCUGAAAGCAAGAAGAAAAAGAAGAAAAAGAAAGAAAAGAUAUUAGGAUCAGAAGUCUCAUAAGCAUUACUGUCCAUUCUACCGCUACUUAUUGCUCCUGUGCUUUAGCAUUUUUGCGGAUUUGUUUUGACCUUCCAGUCACUCG